UACUCGCCGUUGUUGGCGCGCGUUCCGUUGCACCUCCGUUCUAGUACACGCUACGACUACUCGAAAGAAUCACUAACUCUUUAAACCAACUGUCCUCAACUUAGCCGUUCGAAAACACCUGCAAUUGAAACAUAAAGGUGCAUCUCGUAUUCGUAUUGUCAUUAAUUAACCCGAUCGUCGGCAGGCACCCAAAUAAUUGCCGUGAAGGAAGCGUACGAAACGAAGCCCGCGACGGGCGCCCCUUCAAUUAUUAGUGACACCUGUCGGGCACGCGACGCGCAUUAAUUCGCAACCGCAAAAACAGUCCAAAAUAACUGGAUAAUCGAUGCACCUGCAGCGAUUGAUUGCCAGUGGACGUUCAUUCGAAUAUUCGGAGUGUACGUCGCUGGCGUGACGGGAAUUCGCCAAGGAUUCCUGUCUAAAGGGCAUACUGGCCGUAUGAUAUGAUCAUGCUAUUCAAAGGUAACAGCAGUAGGCUGGAACAUCUUAUUGAAAAAAUUCAAGCCAACAAAGAAAAUCACGAAGUCACUUCAGAAGAUUUAAAAGAGGCACUGGGCAGCGUGGGUAGUACGGCGGGCAGCUCUUGGCCGUCUUCGACGCCGGAGCCGUCGCCAUCGCCGGCAUCGACUCCGACCUCCGCCGACGCCGACACCGAGCCGCCCUUUACCCUCGGUGCAACUGAGCACACACCAUACCAAUGCCAGUUUUGUGACAAAGCCUUCCCAAGGCUCUCUUACCUCAAGAAACAUGAGCAAUCGCAUUCGGACCAAAUGCCGUUUCGUUGUGAAUUCUGCGCACGACUAUUCAAACACAAGAGAUCGCGCGACCGACAUGUUAAGCUGCACACUGGUGAUCGGAAGUAUCGAUGUGCACAUUGCGAAUCAGCUUUCUCGAGGAGUGAUCAUUUGAAAAUCCACAUGAAGACUCAUGACAAUCAAAAGCCGUUUCAAUGCACGAUUUGCAACCGCGGCUACAAUACGGCUGCAGCGCUCACUUCUCACAUGCAGGGACACAAACGAGACCGGGAGGGUCGUGAACAAGAUCGCCGACGCCCACUUCGCUGCCCACGUUGUGGUGAUGCAUUUCGCCGACCUGAUCUACUUCAGGGACAUAUGACGACAGCACAUGGGAUCGAUGCAGCGGUAAUGACGCCACCGCGCCGUGUUGCAUCUCAACCACCCCCUACACUUCUGGCUUGCAUUUACUGUACUCGGGACACUUUCACGAGCAUGGAACAGUUACAGUUACACGUACGCGCAGCUCAUUCGGCCUUACUCAACGGUGACCUUACGGGACACACAAUCGAUCAACCUGCACCGACAGAUCUAAGUAGACGAGGACCGGAAGACGCGCCACCACUGAAGCGGCGUCGAUCAGGUUCUGGAACACCACAAACCACUUUAUCGCCGAGUACUUUACUUUGCAAUCAAUGCGAUGCCGCACUACCAGAUUUUGAAGCAUUUCGCGCUCAUCUGAAAGGACAUUUAGAAGAGGGCGGGGAACUGACUCGCUCUAGUCCCGCUCCGUGUUUGCAAUGUGGCUCGACUUACGCAGAUGCAGCCGCUUCAGAGCGGUACCUAACCGCUCAUUACUUAGCAGUUUCUUGUGAAUAUACUUGUCACAGUUGCGCUCGGAGUUUUUCCACACCCGAUGAUCUCCAGAAGCACCUUCUAGAUCUUCACGCUCACCAUUUAUACCGUUGUUCCCUAUGCAAAGAAAUAUUCGAUUCGAAAGUAGCGAUACAGGUCCAUUUCGCUGUAGCCCACAGCGGUGAGAAUAAAAUAUGGAUGUGCCGUUCGUGCGGCGGGAGUGGAGGAGCUCUGCGUUCGGAAGCGGAGGGAGUAGCGCACGUGCGGGCCCGACACGGCGCCGGUGUGUCGCGGUGCACGUGCGGCGCGCUGCAAGCCGGGCCCCGUCCCGUGCGUCCGCCGCGACCUUACCGUUGUCCGGUGCCCGCCUGCACUGAAAACUUCGCCGUGCAAUAUCUGUUAGAGCGACACAUGCAAGCGCACCAUGCUUUGCCGCAUCAAGUUUUAAACGGUGAAUUGAGUAGAGCGAAGUCUAUAGAAAAUAAUAACGGAACUGAGAGAAUUGAGAAUGAACGUUCACCGUGCACGCCUACCCCUGAAGCUGCUGGUGCAAGCUGUCCCAUAAAUAAUGAAGAUAGACGCCGUAAAAAUGGAGCAGUUGCUCUGCAAUGUGCUUAUUGUGGCGAAAGGACUAGAAGUCGAGCAGAAUUAGAAGCUCAUACCAGGGCUCAUUCGGGCGCGGCCGCGGCCCGACAUAAAUGUUUAAUUUGUGAUGAAGUUUUGCCUUCAGCGGCUGUCCUUGCAGAACACAAGCUCACACAUUGCAAGGUCGUUGCAGGAGACACAUGCUCUCGGUGUCGCGCACGGCUUCCAUCUGAGGAGUCGUUUUUGACACACAUGGCACGACACCACCCGGCUCUACCGGCGCCAUGCGUCGUAUGUCGACAGACACUAGCUUCCGAGGCCGAGGCCCGUCUCCAUGCUCGUUUCCAUUUACGCCCCAGCGAGGACGAACAACGAUGUGCAAUAUGUCUUCGAGCUCUCCCAGAAAACGAAGCAGGCGAAGGAGCGCGAGCUUGUUCCUCGUGCUACGCUCGCCACACCGCUCCUAGACCUCCACCGCCAGCUGACCACGAUUGCCGACUAUGCCGCCGAGCUCUUGGGUCACCUACCCGCUUACAAGCACAUCUAAUCGAGCACACGUUUGCUGGAAUCGGUGCAUUUACGUGCUAUUUGUGCUCGGCUGUUUUCACAAGCGCUGCUGGCCUGCAGCGACAUUUGCCAGAACAUUCGGCUGCACCCAGGCCAUACGAUUGUGGGAGAUGUGGGUUGAAAUUUUUCUUCCGAGCAGAAUUAGAUAAUCACGCAUUCGUUCAUAUUGAAGAAGCAGAAAUAGCACAAAGAGCUUUUUACGAGGCCUAUGCACGGGAAGCUGCAUCGGCUUGGGCAGCGCUCGCUCCUCCAGAGCCACAGCAGACGGCAACACCAGCGCCCGCUGUGGUUGAAAUGAAACGAGAACCAGAAAUCAAGGAAGAGCGUCAUGAUGAGUACAUCGAAGUGUCGUCUCCUGUUCCUCCUACACCACAAGCCCCCGCUGCGACUGCGACUCCUCCGCCGAUUGUGAAGCAGGAAAAACCCGAUGAAGACUAAUCAUUUUUAGAACUCCGUCGUUAGUAGUUGGGAGCGCGUGCUCCUCUGCAAUAUUAGAUUACGUCCCUAUGUGCUAUGUAAGUUAGAUUUAUUAGAAGUUGAUAUUAUGACGUUGAACGAUUGCGUUCAAAACGCUUUAUUUCGUAUGACUAUUAUUAUUAAUUUCUUUAAUAUUGUUUACGUUACUUCGAAUAAUAUGUUUUAGUAUGGCUAUUUGUAUAAAACGGUUAAUAAAUUAUUACG